AGCCAUUGAGGAGUCCCUGGAUCAACACCAGAUUUCUAAAGACGGAUGGUGGUCAGCACUUUACAAAAUGGUUGAAGGCCUUGCUGUGAUGAGCAGACUGGCUCGGAACAGGCUCCACAACUCGGAAUAUGGUUUUGAAGACAGAUCAAUUGACUGGGACCGAGCAGAAAUGUAGGCUGCAAUACUAUCUGCCAGUUUAUAUUGUCACGAGUGGUAAUCACGAAAAAUUACUCUACUUUUUGUAGUAAUUACUCUUAUCAGCAAGCUUUGGAUCCUCAAAUAGAUAGUAAUUAAAUUGGGUAACAUGUGCAUGGUUCAAGUGAAGAGUUGCCAUAAUAAUUUCAGCUCCUUGUCAAAAAAAAUUGCAGAAGUUUGAAUAUCUGUAAUUAGUUGGAAUGGGGUCACAUAAUUUCAUAUAUUUUGUUACUUAAAACACUAAUUUUAUUUUGUUUGGCAAUUUAAGCAAUUAUGCAUUUCUCCCUUACAACAGAAGCACAUUCAAGCUUGCAGGCUAUCUCGAACGGUUAAAGAAAUCAAUCAUGUAGUUCAUAACAGAUCGGCGUUUUCACCCUGAAUGCAUGCAUUAACUCAGAUCAACUCUGUAAGGUGUUAAACCAUGUUGACCAUCCGAACAAUUCUUGAAGUCUUAUCCUAUGUUGUCCGCGUUCCACUGCCAACCAAAAAUUUGUGGUCCAAACAAUUCACGUGAUAAUAUUUUUUUAUAGGGAGUGUAGCAAUUGAAGUAUAGAUUUAUAAUUUUAACUUCAGUUCAAAAAAAGAAGUAUAGAUUC